CGCAGCUCCUUGGCCCAGGCUGAAGUUACAACCAAAGAGAUGGGGCUCUGGCUGUGUGCGCUGGUGCUGGUGCUGAGGGGCCUGUGGCUCCAGCCCUCAGCAGCAGCCCCUUCCUUCAGCAUUGAUUACACAGGUAACAGCUUCCUCAAGGAUGGCGUUAAGUUUCGCUAUAUCUCAGGCAGUAUCCAUUACUUCCGUAUCCCACCUGCCUAUUGGAAGGAUCGGCUUCUCAAGAUGUACAUGAGUGGUCUUAAUGCUGUGCAGAUCUAUAUACCCUGGAACUACCAUGAGCCAUCGCCGGGUGUCUAUAAUUUUGAUGGUGACAGAAACUUGGAGGGAUUCCUGGAUCUGGCUGCCCAGUUUGACUUGCUGGUGAUUUUGCGACCUGGCCCCUACAUCUGUGCUGAAUGGGAGAUGGGUGGCCUUCCAUCCUGGCUCUUGGCGAACCCAAAUAUUACCCUGCGCACAUCUGAUCCAGAUUUCCUGCAAGCUGUGGACAAAUGGUUGAGUGUACUGCUGCCCAAGAUCAAACCCCAUCUCUACAUCAAUGGAGGGAACAUCAUCAGUGUCCAGGUGGAGAAUGAAUAUGGGAGCUACUAUGCUUGUGACUAUGACUAUCUGCGCCACCUGGUGGCUGUCUUUCGUUCCUACCUGGGCAAAAAAGUUGUGCUCUUCACCACUGAUGGCACCAAAGAGUCUGAACUGCAAUGUGGGACACUGAACGGCCUUUAUACAACUGUGGACUUCGGACCAGACGAAAAUGUGACAGAGGCAUUUGAGAAGCAGCGCAUACAUGAGCCGAAUGGUCCACUGGUGAAUUCAGAGUACUACACAGGCUGGCUGGAUUAUUGGGGUGAACUACAUUCUACAAAAAGUGCUGCAGAGGUGGCCCAUGGCCUAGAGAAGAUGCUAGAGUUGGGAGCCAACGUCAACAUGUAUAUGUUCCAGGGCGGUACCAACUUCGGUUACUGGAGUGGCGCAGAUUACAACAACGGCAUCUACAAUCCCAUCACUACUAGUUAUGAUUAUGAUGCACCUCUCUCAGAAGCUGGAGACCCGACUGACAAGCUGUACGCUAUUCGGACAGUCAUUGGCAAGUUUCAGGUGCUUCCUGCAGGACCAAUGCCACCCCCUACACCGAAGUUUGCAUAUGGAUAUGUAUCCCUACCACAGUGUGUGGCCCUGUUGGAUAUUCUAGGCAUUCUUUCACCAUCCCUGCCAUUCUAUUCCUCCUUCCCAGCCACCUUUGAGGCCCUCAAGCAGCCCAGUGGCUUCAUGCUGUAUCGGACAUUUCUCCCACAUGACAUCCAGGAGCCAGUUGUGCUCAGUGCCCCUGAGGAUGGAAUCCAUGAUCUUGCCUACAUUCUGCUCAAUGGAGUGUAUAAAGGGACACUGGAACGGAACAAAGUAAAUGGAAUCAAUAUAUCUGGCCAGUUAGGGGACACUUUGGAUCUGCUGGUGGAGAGCAUGGGCCAUAUCAACUUUGGAGCCAAUGGGAGUGACUUUAAGGUACAUCUCAAAAGGGCCCUUUGCCAGCUUUGUGCUUUGAAUUCUUUCCGUGUUAAUAAGGAUGCAUCUACACUGUAGAAUGAAUGCAGUUUGACUCCCCUUUAACUGACAUGGCUGAAUGUUGUGGAAUCCUGGGGAUUGUAAUUUGGAUCUGCACCACCAUUCCUUGGCAGAGAAUAUUAGACCUAGCACUUACCCGUGGCAGCUGAAGUGUGGUCAAACUGCUUUAAUUCUAUAGUGCAGAUGCACCCCCAAAGAAAGCCAUAGGCUUUGUAGCUUUGUUUUUCAUCUUUUCUAAGAAAGGACGAGAAAGCUACCCUGGCCCUUAAAAGUAGGGGGUGGGGCAUAGGAAAAUUAGUUUCUCCCAGAACAGACUACGCUCUUGCCUUUUGACAUUCUACUCAAGAGAAUGGAAUUGUUCCUUUAAAAAAAUAAGAGUUAAGGUACAGUAUUUACAUUGAUUCAGU